GCCCCCCCCCUCCACCCCACAAUUCCGUUCUUCUCCUGUUGGUGGUUUGUAAUGGCUGCUUAUUAUGGGUGCAAAAUAGAAACCAGUUAGCAGUCUGUUGUUAUUUUAUUUACUUUUUUUUCUCCCAGAACAGAACAAACCGCUGCCACCAUGACAAAUGUGUACUCCUUUGACGGUAUCCUGGUAUUUGGUCUUCUUUUUAUUUGUACUUGUGCGUAUCUGAAGAAGGUUCCUCGCCUCAACAGCUGGCUCUUAUCAGAGAAGAAAGGCGUGUGGGGCGUCUUCUAUAAAGCGGCGGUAAUCGGGACCCGGCUUCACGUCGCCGUGGCGCUCUCCUGUUUGUGUAUGGCCUUCUAUAUGAUCUUUUUGAAAUGACAAUGAUGGAGCCGCCUCAUGGACACUAUUUGGAUGUUGAGGACUGGAGUGCAAUUUGGAAAAGUUGUACAACCGAAUCCAACCAUCAGGACACACACGGACUCUGCUCUACAUUCCUGCAUCCUACCUGUUUCUCUAAGUUGUAACCAUCUUGUCCCCCUCAUAUGAUUAUUUGUCUUUGCCUCCAUCUGGAGGUAAAUGCAUUUAAAUCGGAGUAAAGGAAGAAAUAAGAUUAAGGACAAAUGAUUUGUAUGAAUGUUUAGCUUUCACUUGGUGGUUUAAGGUUAUUGUCACUGUUAAACAUGAAAUGGUGUAACUAAAGGUUCAAGACACUAUCUUCUUUUUUAAUUAUUUGUAAAUCAUUUAAUUUUUAUAGAGGCAAUGUGCUCAGUAUGGCUGUAGCUUGUCUGCACGCUUUAUUAAAUCUUAUAAUUGGUCAUAAAUGCCUAUAUAUAAGUGCCAGUCCUCUUCCUCCAUUUUGCUUUCUGCUAAACACUUAAACGUAAGCACACUUAAACUGAGGCUUUGGUUAUCCAGACGAUGAGUAGAUCUGAUAAUCUAAAGAUAUUUAUAAAGUGCAUACACUCUGCCUACUUUUUGGCUUUUGGACUUUUCUUGAUACGUUACAUUAAUAUGCGGAACCUCAUAUCAUAUUAAUAUAUAUUAUAGAUAUUCUUCAGUUCAGCGGUGUGAAAUGUUGGAGGUUGGUAUGUGUAAAUAUACUGUAUGAGAUGAUAGAGUAAAUAGUAUAAUAUUAAAAAAAAUAUCUUACAAAAUGGAUGGGAUUUUCUUUACUAAAGCAAAAAGAAUAAGAAUAAUAAGCAAUCUGUUUACAAAGUGUCAUAGUUUUAAAACUGCCUUUCAGAUUCGAGCCCCACACUCUGUCGGUUAUUAUUAGCUAAAGAAUUUUUUUGUAUAUUUGUGUAUGUCUGCCCAUGCUCACUGCUGUCUUUACGGAGUGUUCAUGCUGCUCAUCAAGAGGACGUGUUGGUAUCAUUGUUCUUUUUGUAUUUAAAUUGAAUUAAAUAAAGAGUGUAAGCCCUG